AUGGCCUCGUGGCUCGGGGGAAGCCUGGGCUCUGACCCGCUGAUGGUCCUGCUGGUCCUCGUCCUGCUGGCGCGCUUCCUUCUCUGGUCCUGCCUCGGCACCUACAUCGACUAUAAGCUGGCCCGGCGGCAGCGGCGCAAGCCCAAGGAGGACUAGGGCCCCGGCAGGACGCCGGCCCUCAGCGCCACGCAUGUGCGGGUCUCCCCUCCCGGAGGACCCUGUCCCAGAGGCGCCCUGUCCUGAGGCUGAGGGUGUGUGUCAGGGGGAGGGGGGCGAGCAGGGCAGGCAAACCCUCCCGCAUCCCACCCACAAGGCCGAGACCGACGGUGUCCCACCGGAUUGACCUGGGCUGUCCUGGUCACUGCCCACCUCCCAUGCCGGGACAGAGGGGCCAGCGCAGCUGGUGUGUCCAAGGUUCUGGGGUCUGCCAUUGGGGGUGAUCCUGAGGGUGGGUCUUGCUUUAAAACGUGCUCUGCCAAUUCUUUAUAUUUAUGUUUGUUGGACAAGGUGGGGAUGAGCCAGAGGGUUGGGAGGGGAGGACAGAGGUGGCCUCAUCACAAGCCAGCUCUGCUGCUAGAAGGUGCCCUGUGUCUCAGCUUUCUUUUACACCGUCCAGCUCCAUCCCCCCUCCCCCCACCCCGGGUGGGAUCAUAGAAGUUCAGACAACUGGCCUUGGCCUUCGUUUUCCUUUCAGCGGACUUGUGACACCUGAGCUCAAGCCCAGCUCUGGCUGACUGUGGGUCGACUCUCUUUCUCCAUCUCUAAAAUGGGCACAGUAAUCCCUGCCUCUCUCAGAAGGGUAUGAGGAGGGUUGGAGAAGGGGUGGGGUGGGGGGCAAGCCCUCAUAUUCUGUACACGGUGGGACAUGUGGAGGACAGUGGAGAAGAGAAGCCAGGAACCCAGGGCCCUCUCUUUCUUUGUGAUUUAAGUGUGCGGCUGAGCGGCCGCUCCGGAGGCAGACAGGCAGGGCACUUGAUGCGCGCCAAGAGUCUGGCUCCUCCCUGCCGCCCACCUCCCGGUCAUGGUCACACCCCGCCUAAGGAGGGUGGCAGCUUGUGCUUCUCAUUCUGGCGGCAGAUUAUAAUCGUCCUGCAGAUUCUAGCAAACACGAUGGCCAAGCCACCCCAAGACCAAGAAGCACAGGCAGGGAUAAGAUGUCCCGGGAGGCUGGGGCCCGGUUGCUCUGUGCUUUCUUACAAGGACUGGGCACUUCGGUCAGAGCCGUCUUAAGGAGAAGUUGUCGCUGAGCUGAGCGAGCAGACUCGGGGAGCCCUGGCCAGGAACCGCCCACCUAGCCUCGCGGCAUCCUGGCAGAGGGAUGAGGGGCCUGAGCCAGGGAUGUCGUGGGAGCCGAUGAGCUCACCGACACGGUGAAGAUCUUGUCUCACUCCUGAAGGACCUGAGCUAACCGCAGGGACGGGGGAGCCAGUCGGCUGAAGCGGUGACCUUCUUGGGGGGGUACCGACCGGCCUCAGAGACUUUGGGUGGUGGGGUGUCUUGGAGGACAGUCUGUAGAUGAGGGUGUUUUCUUAUGGAGGACAGUCUGGGAAGUCUGCACAGGGUGGGGUUACCAUGCAUGGAGUCAUCCAGGGCUGGGGGUAGGGGGGGAGGUGGCUGUCCCCUGGGCCGCCGUAUUGGCCAGUGGCCUAGCAGAACUUGUGUCCUCACUAUGUCAAGAACCUGAAUGCAGGAUUAGGGGAGGAAGUGUUCUCCUGUUCUUAAGGAAAAUGUUCAGUUCUCUUUAAAAUGAUCGUGCACGAUUUCACCGAUCUCUCAAAGAAAAAUCACAGCUGUCGCCAUGGUCCUAUACCAAGGAGGGUGGCCCACUGUCCCGGUUGGCCUAGGACAGCCCCAGUUUUAAAACUGGAAGUUCCAUGUCCUGGAAGACACCUCCAUCCCAGGCAGAGCGGGCCCCGCCCCUGCUCGGGUGGAGGAGAACUCAGUUCACGCAACCUCCUAAUGCGUCUCCAGUGGCUGACCUGCCCAUCAGCCACCUGCCGCCUGCGUGUGCACGUGGGUGCAUGGAACGGCACCUCCAGGCGUAUUUGAGCUUCACCAUUUGGUCCAGUGGGCCAGAAUUCUGGGGAUCUCGCUGCAACCCCUUCCUUUGGGGUUGUCUGGUAGAGAAGACAGAAGCAGGAGACUGCUGCCAACACAGGACCCCAGAAGAAGACCAGAUUCUGCCAGUGUUGAGUCCCUCUCCACUUAAACCAGUCAAUAUAUUUCUUUUUUUUCCCCCUCUUAAGCCAGUUUACAUUGGUUUCUUAGUUCACAACUGACAAAAUUCUAUUUGUGCAGUUCUCUGCACCCAUGCACCAGCCUCCCAUCUGGCGUAGGACUGGCUCAGAAUGAGCGACCACUCAAGCAGGGCAUCUGCGUGAAUGAGAGGCUGGGCCCUGGCCUGAUAACCAGGCAGCCACUGCGAGUAACAGCUGGGUCAGCAGUGACUUUGAUAAGAGAAGAUUUUCCCCCCUUCAUUUUUCUUUUCUCAUGUUGCAAGAAGUCUGGCUUUUGUCAUUCCCAGGCCAUGGUAUGGCAGUUCAAUGCUAUUACUGAGGACUUAAACCAUUCCAUAUUUCUGUUCUGCCAUCCUUCACACACAGCUUUGGUCUUCAUGGUCACAAGAAGGCUGCUGCUACUCCAGGCAUUCUGAAUGAGUUCCAGGCAGGAAGAGAAAAAUAGGGUGAUGGAGGGGGAAGAGGCACUCCCCUGAUAUGUAAAAUACUUAUUUGUACAUCUCAUCAACCAGAAGCAUGUCACAUGGCAUCCUGAGAUGCAGAGGAAGUUGAGAAAUGGAGUUUGUUAGUGGGGCUCGCUGUUACCCUAGAUAGCGUCAGGUUUCGGUUAUAAAGGAAGGCUAAAUGGAUAUGAGGUAGGCAACUGGCAAUCUCUGUCACUGGUCCUUUGCCUUUAUUUGUAGUUGUCUUUAUUUGGGACCUAUUUUGGGUAUUUGGGUGACUUUUGUGGUACCCUUAUGUGCCAGCUUUGCCCUUGUCUGCUCUGCAGGGAUAGUAGCUGAGCUCACCCGUCUUUUGCAGUUCCAACCUGGAGUCAGACUGGCUUCUUGGGGCUCCUAAGGAUUCAUACCAGUAAGAAAGUCUGAGGCUGAGCCAGACACGUUCCUUCUGAGAGAAGCAUGGCAAUGCUCUUUGGUCCGCAGUGAGCGAAAGGCACAGACCUGGGGAACAGCUGAUGCAUAAGUGAAUGGUGGUGAUGGCUAGCGGGUAUAUAAAUGGAGGGGGAGAUGUAGUCCUCUACUUGGUAAACAUCACAGAGUGGAGUGCUCACAGUGUGAGAGGCAGCAUGGAUACAGUGUAUAAAACAGUGUCUGCCCUCAGGCAGCUUGCAGACUGGGAGCUCAGAAGUGGGCAGAGAGACCUGUAAGUAGAUAUUAGAACUGCACUUAGGCAGAUGGUUAGUUAGGGCUAAAAAUGUGGCAGGUGCAAAUUAAGAUAUACCAUCAGUGUAAAAUAUACACCAGAUUUGGAAGGCUUGGUACCAAAAAAUAUUGUAUAAUCUCAUUAGUAACAUUGUUUUGAUCAUUGUUUUGAUUAUGCAUUGAAACGAUAAUAUUUUGGACACUAUUGGGUUAAAUAAAAUACUAAAAUUAA